UGUGAUUUUUGGGUCAACAAAGCACCGUCUGCCGAAGAAGCAUAACACCAAGCUUAAUGGCCUAGUCUAUUUGCAAUCACAGUGAAAUUUUGAAAACGGUUCGAAACAGUUGAGUGCGCGUGAAAUUUAACAACCAACAAAAAGAAGUCUUCCCGUUGCUGUCAGUUUUGUGAAAUGUUGGGUGGAGCUGGUUUUGUAACGCUGUGGCGCUUCGUGCUCACGGCUCUACCAAGCGCGACAAUAAUUAUCAUGCUCAUCGAUGGCAUAAAUAUUUACCGACCGGACAUAGUUGACGAGGAUAACCGACUGCGCGCAACGAAUAUUUUGAAUUUACGUGACUCGUAUGACUUUGUUAUUAUCGGUGGCGGUUCGGCAGGUUGUGUGCUCGCAUCGCGUUUGUCGGAGGUGCGUAACUGGAGUGUGUUGCUGCUGGAAGCCGGCGGUGAUGAACCCAUGAUAUCGGAAUUGCCAAUGUUGUAUCCAGUAUUCCAGCGCACUCCAUUUGAUUGGGGUUACCGCACAGAGCCAUCCGAUCGCUACUGCCUCGCCAUGCAAGGACAGAGUUGUUUCUGGCCGCGCGGCAAAUUAUUAGGCGGCUGCAGCUCAAUAAAUGCAAUGAUGCAUAUACGCGGUAAUAGACGUGACUACGAUCACUGGGCGGAAUUGGGUAACGUUGGUUGGAAUUAUGACAGCAUUUUGCAUUAUUUUAGAAAAAUGGAGGAUAUGCGCGUGCCAGGCUUCGAGAACGAUCGUUUCUAUCACGGUUUCGGUGGACCGGUUACAAUUGAAAAUUAUAGGUUUCCAUCUCCGUUAUUGGACGUCUUCAUGGAAGCAGCCACGGAGCUGAACUUGCUCAAUCCAUUUAACGACUUCAAUGGGCGCAGUCAAACCGGCUUCGCUGUGCCGCAUGGCACCAUCCGCGAUGGACUACGUUGUAGUGCGAAUAAAGCAUAUAUAAGGGCAGCUUGGAAACGUCCGAACCUCGAUAUAGUGCUGCGCGCUUUUGUCAAUCGCAUAGUCGUCGAUAAGGAGUCGAAAGUAGCGCGUGGUGUGCACUUUGAGCAUUUAGGCUUCAUGCAUAAGGUUAGCGCACGUCGGGAAGUUAUACUCUCAGCUGGCGCCAUAGCCAGCCCACAAUUGCUGAUGACUUCGGGUAUCGGGCCAGAGCGACAACUAAUUCAACAUGGCAUACCAGUUAUACAGCAUUUGCCUGGCGUUGGUAUCAAUUUACAAGAUCAUAUAUCUACUGCAGGAACACAGUAUCUCGUUGACAACAGCGUUACGGGGCAUCGCCUUUCGUUUAUAGUGCCGGAAAUGUUGAAUGCACGGUCGGUGGACUCCUUUCUACAUCAUGCCGAUGGAUUUUUCUAUGCCAUGCCCAUCAGCGAAGUUAUGGGUUUCACGAGCACCAAAUAUCAGGACCCCAAACUGGAUUGGCCUGACAUACAAAUCUUUAUGGGCAGUUACGGUUAUGGCGCUGACGGUGGCCUGAUUGGCAGACGUGGUAGUGGAAUAUCUUUUGCUAAUUACGAAAAUAUUUUUGAACACAUGAUUUACAAGGAUGCCUUCACAUUGACAAUCUUAUUAAUGCGGCCCAAGAGUCGCGGCCGUCUCGAGUUAAGAUCAAGUGAUCCGCGUGUGCAUCCACGUAUCUAUGCUAAUUAUUUCGACCAUCCGUUGGAUAUGGCAGUACUGGUGGAAGGCGUAAAAUUUGCGCACAGCUUGACACAAACCGCCAUCAUGCGGCGACUCAAUGCCACGCUGAACAUUUUCGAAUGGCGCAAUUGCCCCGAAGUGGAGUACCUGAGCGACGCUUUUUGGGAAUGCAUUGCCCGUUUCUACUCACAGACAAUAUACCAUCCGGUGGGCACUUGUAAAAUGGGCGUUUAUGACGAUCCUUUUGCGGUAGUGGAUCCACGUUUGCGCGUUUAUGGCGUGCGUGGUUUGCGUGUGAUCGAUGCUAGUAUUAUGCCGACCAUACCGACGGGCAAUACGAAUACGCCGACGAUAAUGAUCGCCGAAAAGGCCGCGGAUAUGAUUAAAGAGGACUGGCUCCGUUAUGGAGCUGGGCAGUAAAUGAAAAGAAU